GCAUUCGUUGCAAGAAGAUCGGAGCCUUGUUCUCUUUUACGACAAGAGAAACGAAGAAAUUUAUCGAGAAAGAAAAGAGUUUAUCAUUUACCGAAAAAAAAGAGAGUUUAUCUCAUUAAAUAAUCUUCUUCCCCGUGUCUUUCUUCCCUUGCAUCGUUUGUAAGAAAUUCUGAGAGAUAGAGAGAGAGGGGAGGGUGUUAGAAGAGGAACAAUCUUUGGACCCAGCUUUGACCCUCUCUCUCUCUUGCCCCUUUCCAUGGCCGAUACUAGCCCAUCCUCCUCAUCCUUCUAAAUUUCUUCUUCCCAUCCUUCGCGUCCUUUUCUCCUCCCUGCCAUCAUUAGGACCCCUCUCUUUUUCUCUCUUCUCCAAGCCCUCAAACGGUCUAAAGCUCGGACCUUUCCCACACCCUUCGGCAGCUUUUAAAAUUGGUCCCUUUUCUGUAUUAGAAAAAAAAACCGUUCCUUUUCUUCCCGUUUUUCGAAAAGGUUCCGUUUCCGGCGUCCAAUUUGUUCCCUUUCGCUGUAUCUUUUGCAAAUAUUUUUCGAUUUGGGAAAUAUUUUUUUUUAUUUCCAUUCUUGGCUCUUUACGGGAUCCUGCGCUCAUCAGGCCUCUCGAGGUCCGGAACCGAUUCGGUUCUUCGUUGUUCGGGGCCUUUGGUUGGUCGGAUUUGUUGGAAAGAUCUGAUCUUGGGGGGAGGUUCUUGUUGGAUCCGUCUGUUCUCUUGCCAAGUUGCCCAAUUUUUGAGUUGUUUGGGUUCCGGGAGUCGGAAAGCCUAGAACAGAUCGGAUCCUGGUUGCGUGCUCUUCGAAAUUUUAAUGGGGAAUUGCUGCGCCGUGCCUGUUGAUCCCUCGGAGAAGAAGAGGAGGAAGAAGGAGAAGAAGCCGAAUCCCUUCUCGAUAGAUUACAGCCGGGGUCCCUCACAGGGUGGCAAGCUCGUUGUCCUCAGAGAUCCCACCGGUCGGGACAUCGAAAGCCGGUACGAGCUCGGCCGGGAGCUCGGCAGGGGGGAGUUCGGCAUCACCUAUCUCUGCACCGAUAAGGAGACAGGGGAGGUCAUUGCUUGCAAGUCCAUCUCCAAGAAGAAGCUGAGGACCGCCGUCGACAUCGAGGACGUGCGGCGGGAGGUGGAGAUCAUGAGGCAUUUGCCGAGGCAUCCCAAUAUUGUGAGCCUCAAGGACACCUACGAGGAUGACAACGCCGUCCACCUGGUGAUGGAGUUGUGCGAGGGAGGAGAGCUGUUCGACCGGAUCGUCGCGAGGGGGCACUAUACUGAACGGGCGGCCGCAGUGGUCACCCGGACCAUCGUCGAGGUCGUGCAGAUGUGCCACAAGCAUGGAGUGAUGCACCGUGAUCUCAAACCUGAGAAUUUUUUGUUUGCUAACAAGAAGGAAGCAUCCCCACUCAAGGCAAUCGACUUUGGGUUGUCUGUAUUUUUCAAACCUGGUGAGCGCUUCAAUGAGAUUGUGGGAAGUCCUUAUUACAUGGCCCCAGAGGUUCUAAAGCGAAAUUAUGGUCCAGAAGUAGAUGUAUGGAGUGCUGGGGUUAUCCUAUACAUUCUUCUUUGUGGUGUACCACCAUUUUGGUCAGAAACUGAACAAGGUGUUGCUCAGGCAAUUAUCCGUUCUGUCAUAGACUUUAAAAGAGAUCCAUGGCCUAAAGUUUCCGAUAAUGCCAAAGACCUUGUAAGGCGGAUGCUUGAUGCAGAUCCCAAGCGGCGGUUAACAGCUCAACAAGUGCUUGACCAUCCUUGGUUGCAGAAUGCUAAAAAGGCACCAAAUGUUUCUCUAGGUGAAACUGUUCGUGCAAGACUCCAACAGUUCUCUGUAAUGAACAAAUUUAAAAAGAGAGCUCUAAGGGUGGUAGCUGAACAUUUAUCUGUGGAGGAAGUUGCAGACAUAAAGGAAAUGUUUGGGAAGAUGGACGUAAAUAACAAUGGGAAGAUCACGCUGGGAGAGUUGAAAAAUGGUUUGCAUAGGCUUGGGCACCAGAUUGCGGAUGCAGAUGUUCAGAUAUUAAUGGAAGCUGCUGAUGUUGAUGGUGAUGGUACCCUGGACUAUGGAGAAUUUGUUGCUGUAUCAAUUCACUUGAAGAAGAUAGGAAAUGAUGAGCAUCUGCGCAAAGCCUUUGCCUACUUUGAUCAAAACAAUAGUGGAUAUAUAGAAAUUGCAGAACUGAAGAAUGCCUUAGCUGAUGAUUUGGGUCCAAAUCAUGAGGAAGUCAUUAACGCCAUCAUCCAUGAUGUGGAUACUGACAAGGAUGGCAGGAUAAGUUACGAGGAGUUUGCAACGAUGAUGAAGGCUGGCACAGAUUGGAGAAAGGCAUCAAGGCAGUAUUCACGGGAGCGGUUCAAUAGCCUCAGCUUAAAGCUGAUGAAGGAUGGAUCUUUGCAGCUAACAAGUGAGGGUAGAUGAACGCACAGAAAGUUUGUGCCCUUGGAUUCCAAAGUGUGAAGUUCUUUUUUGUUGGUCUUGCAAUAUUCCUUCUUAGCAUUAAUUUAGGACAUUAAUUCAUGGUUUUAAGUCAGCAGGGGAUGGUUGAAGGUUUAUGUUUCACCAGAUGUAUGGGCAAAAAGGGGAGGUUAGAGGGGCUUAUGGUUGUAAAUAUCUAUGUAGCAUCAGCUUUUUAGCACACUGGUAGCAGGUGGAUUCAGUGUUACUGUUGGGGGACAUGGAUGCUACUUGGAAAUUUAGGCCUCAGGCCUUGAAAUUGUUUCAAUAUUUCUCCACUCUUUGUGCUGCAUUUUCAGUU